AUGCUGACUAAACUAGUGGUUGCACUAGGCGCUGUCGCCGCGGCAAUGGCUGAAGCCAAGACAUUCUUUCACGAGACAUUCGAUGACGCUGAUUGGGAAAGUCGGUGGAUUGCAUCUACAUGGAAACCAGCAGCAGAAGUGGGCAAGUUUGAACAAGUCGUGGGCAAAUACUAUACGGACGAGAGUGACAAGGGCAUUCAAACGAGUGAGGACGCCCGUUUCUACGCACUCUCGGCCAAGUUUGACACGCCAUUGAACAAUAAGAACAAGAAUUUGUACCUGUCUUAUCUGGUACAACACGAACAGAAACUAGACUGUGGUGGUGCGUACAUUAAAUUAUUGCCUGCUGACUUGGACCAAGCGACUUUUGGUGGCGAGUCGCCAUAUUCGAUCAUGUUUGGACCGGACAUUUGUGGCAGUACAAGAAAGACACAUGCAAUUUUGAACUAUGCACGUCCAGGAAAAGACGCUGUGAACAUGGACCAUGAAGAAGACAUUCGUGCAGAAUCUGACUCGGAUGCACAUGUGUAUUCGUUCAUAUUGAAGCAAGAUAAUACGUACGAAGUAAAGAUUGAUGGCAAGAAUAUUAAGAGUGGUGAAUUGGCCAAGAACUGGCCAUUUCAGCCGUCGAAACAGAUCAAGGACCCGGAACAAUCGAAACCGGAAGAUUGGGUGGAUCUGAAGCAGAUCCCGGACCCAGAAGACAAGAAACCGGAAGAUUAUGAUAAUAUUCCCAAGACAAUUCCUGACCCAGAUGCUGAGAAGCCUGAAGACUGGGAUGAUGAAGAUGAUGGAGAGUGGGAACCUGCGAUGAUUGAGAACCCUGAGUACAAGGGAGAGUGGAAGCCCAAGAUGAUUGAGAAUCCGGAGUAUAAGGGUGAAUGGGAGCAUCCACUUGUGGACAAUCCGGACUACUUUGAAGACGAUUCGCUUUACAAUGUAGCGAAGAAUGUCGGUGCUAUUGGCUUUGAGCUGUGGCAGGUCAAGAGCGGCACUUUGUUUGACGAUAUUCUUGUGACAGACAAUGAAGAGGAGUUUAAUGUUCACGAGGAAGCAGUGUUGGAAAAGAUGGAAGCGAUACAGAAGAAAAAGAAGGAGAUUCAGGAUGAGGAGAAGGCAAAGAAAGAGGCUGAGGCCAAGGAGGCAGAGGAAGCUGCAAAGAAAGAGGAAGGGGAUGAGGAAGAGACGGAUGAAAGCGAGGAGAACAAGGAAGAAGUUGGUGAAGAUGCGGAGAAGGAUGAGCUGGAGAAGGAUGAGCUGUAG